UGGGCGCGGGCCCGCGGGGUCAGUCGGAACGCGGCGGCGAGCGAGGGCGGCGGCGGUGCCGGGAGGAGCCGAGCGGUGCCGAUCAGAGCCGAGCGGGCUGACACACACCCCCCCACCGACCUACGGAGCCGAGCCGAGCGGAGCCGAGGAUGAUAAACACCCAGGACAGUAGUAUUUUACCUUUGAGUAACUGUCCCCAGCUGCAGUGCUGCAGGCACAUUGUUCCAGGGCCUCUGUGGUGCUCCGAUGCCCCUCACCCACUGUCGAAGAUCCCCGGUGGGCGAGGGGGUAGCAGGGAUCCUUCUCUUUCAGCUCUGAUAUAUAAGGAUGAGAAGAUCACUGUUAACCAAGAUGUCCCAGUGCACGAAGGGAAGCCUCAUAUUGUCCACUUCCAGUACAAGGUCACAGAGGUGAAGACCUCCUCCUGGGAUGCAGUGCUCUCUAAUCAGAGCCUCUUUGUGGAAAUCCCUGACGGAUUAUUAGCUGAUGGGAGCAAAGAAGGGCUAUCAGCACUGUUGGAGUUUGCUGAAGAAAAAAUGAAAGUAAACUACGUCUUUAUUUGCUUCAGAAAAAGCAGAGAAGAUAGAGCUCCUCUCCUGAAGACAUUCAGCUUCUUGGGCUUUGAAAUUGUGAGGCCUGGUCACCCCUCUGUCCCGUCGCGGCCAGACGUGAUGUUCAUGGUGUACCCCCUGGAUCAGAACUCUUCCUCUGAUGAAGAAUAGCUGCAGCGAGGAACUCCAGUGUGACCUGGAAAUGCUGUUGAGGGGAGAGAGGGUUCAAUCUCCUUUCUUGAGGAAAGGGAAAACAAGCUUCUGUUGGACUGAAACUGCAUUUUUCAUUGUUAGAUUGGCCUGUGUAUCCUCAGAGUUGACUAUCUCAUUGAAAUGUGUUGCCUAGAGAACUAUAUAUACACACAUGUAAUCACCAAAUAGUAAAUGGAAGAUGUUUAUGAACUGGCAUAGGAGCUCUUUACGUGCAGCUGUGUGGUGUGUUAGCCUUGGGACGCCUGGUUUCCCAGGCCGGGUGUGGGGAGCACAGUGAUAGGUGCAGCACCGACUCCUUGACUUCUUUAAUCUGUGUUGGUCCUUCCCCGAUCACCCAAUGUGUGCUCAUCUGACAGACUACAUUUUGACUUUUCACUCAAGACUCUUAAGCAGGAGGCAUGUUUUGGGUGUCAGGCACGUGGAGGAGACGUGCUUAAGCUUAACCUUUAACACUACAUUAAACCCCCCAUGCGUCUCCCCUUUCGGGCGGCCAAUGCUGUUUUAACUGGUCUAACCUUUUCUUUUUCCUUUCUCUCCACCCUCCUUUUUAAACUUCUUGCUCUUCCAGCUUUUGGUUUAAGCAGUCUUAACUCUGUUCAAUGUUACCACUGCACUAUCACAGCAUUCAAUAAAAGGGGCAUUCCGAUGAACUUCACACAGCUGGGGCUGCUUAUUUGAAAGGAACAGAACCGCUGGUGGGCCCAUAGUGCUGCAAUUGUCUUGGAAGGUCAAGUGAGUGUUUGGAGCAACAUCUCUGGUCUGGGGCAGCAUUUCUUCCCUGCCUGUGGUGUGAUGGGCCAAAGAGCCAAAAAGCUCAAGCCUUUACCCUCUGCCCAAGGAUUGGUACAGACCAGGCCCAUGGCCACCACCUCUGUUCUUCCUCCUCACCUUUCCAAAGAGAUGGUCUCAGGACUUGAGACACAGAGCUGAUGGCUGUACUCAAACCAAAGGGGGUUGUGUGUGCGGACGGGCGUGGAUGGCAGCUCCACUGGCCGCAGUGGGAUGUUUUCCCUGUCCAGGGUCUCUCCCGGCAUGGAGAGAUGGGGCCUGGUGCCAGUGGGCGCUUGCAUUUCAACCUUGCCCGUUCUCCUGGAGGAUGAGGUUGUGCUCUUGUCGUUGGGCCAUGGAUGGAACAGGGGUGGCUUUCUUGGGAAGGCCAUGCGAGAAGGGUGUGUUUCUGCACUGUGCCCCGCAGUGAGCUCUGCCUGGCCUGGCUGCUUGCGUGUGGAACUGUCCCGUGUGCUUUGUUGUGCUCUCGCCCUUCUGGGGGGAUUUUGUUAAAAGCUGAAGCCGAGCCAUUCCAUAAAUGUCAUGGUCAGUGUUUUCUGUCUAGGGGAGAGAGGUGGGGCUGGGAUAUGAGUUUGUGUGAAUAAAUAAUCUUAAAGUU